AUGAAGGGAUACUAUGGUAUUACCGCCCAUUUUAUCGAUAAAAAUUGGAAACUUCAUUGUAUCCUUCUAGAUUUUGUGCCAGCACAUGGGCAACAUACUGGUAAUGCAAUUGCAAAGCUAUUUUUCGAAGUAUUACAAUUAUACGAUGUUACAAAAUGCAUACAAGGUAUUACUACCGACAAUACAAAUAGUAAUUUUACGUUCAUCAGAGAACUUCGAACGCAUAUUUCUGAAAUCGAUACAAAAAAUAUCCACUUUGUAUGUUUUGCACACAUCUUAAACUUGGCAGCUAGAGAUUUUAUGAAAAUCCUUGAUUCUGAGGUUGAAGAAACCGCCAACAUUUUGACAGAUAUAUCAGAUGAUGAUGAUGAUGACUGCCAAGUUCCGCCCUCUUCUGUAAGGAAAAUCCAUUCCCUUGCUAAAAAAUUAAAAAACUCUGAACAUUUACGUGAAGAUUUUGAAAAAUUUUGCACCACGUUAAACCUGAAAUUUACUAUGCCAAAACUUGAUGUCAUAACAAGGUGGAACUCCACGUUAGACAUGUUGAGAUGGAGUCUAAAUAUGAGAAACGCACUUAACAUCCUUUGUGAUAAUGUAGAAAAUUUAAAAACUUUAAAGCCAACCGACACAGAAUGGUCGUUAAUUGAACGAAUUUGCCAGUACCUUAAUGUUUUUAAGAGUAUUUCCAUAAUUUUAGAAAGUGAAUCAUAUGCUACUUUACCCAUGGUAAUAAUCGGCAUUAAUAUGUUGCUGGAUAGACUAGAAUCGUGGGCUAUGGUACUUGACAAUAAACCUGAUCGAGAUGAAAUCGAUGAAAAGAUUAUAAAUAGUAUUCAAGCGGCAAGGGACAAAAUCAUUAGACAUUACGAACGGACUAACUGGAUGUACUGUGUUGUCCUGAUUUUAGACCCCCGACAUAAAGUGGAUACAUUCUCCAAUACAAGUUGGGGAAAAGAGUUGCAGAUAGAAGCAAUUAAACAUUUUGAAGAUAUUUUUAAAGCACAAUAUUUUAGGGCUAACUCUCUGCAAAUUUCUGAACCAUCACUUCAAGUAGCAGCAUCUUCAAACCCUAGUAAAGAUAGUAGUGUCGAAAAGUUUGAAAUAGAUCUACUAAGUUUGUUUAAUAGAAAACCUGCCCAUAAUGCAGACGACGAUAUGUCCUGGCGUUACGAAAUCGACAAAUAUAUUUCUGACCCAAGAGCUGACAGUACUGAAGAUAUUUUAGAAUGGUGGAAGAGACACGAAUGCAUUUUUCCAAACCUUGCCGCAAUGGCCAAAGACUUUUUGGCAACGCCAGCUUCUUCAGCUCCAGUUGAAAGGCAGUUUUCUAGAGCUACCUUAACUCUUACCAAAACAAGAAAUCGAUUAGGCGAUAACUCCGUUAGAAGCCUUUUGUGUCUCAAAUCAUGGAUGGCAAAUGAGGAUAUUAAAGAUUUAUUUUAG